AUGGGGCUAUCAUAUUAUACCUGCCGUGCCCAUCGGUCUGACGGUAUCCCUCAAGACUAUCCAGAAACCGAAGAGGAGGCACUGGCUCGUCUUGACGAGCUCUACACUUCCGGUGUUCCUUUCUUCAGCAAGGCUUCCAUUCGUUCGGUUUUGGAGCAAAUGCAGCGCCCGCUUGUCGAAGGGGACAAAAUCCUUGUCAAAGCCCUAGACGGUUCGAUGGUUGAGUACACGAUGAGGACUGGCGUAGUAUCAAGAGGAUUUCCACCUCCAGACAAUACAUCAGACGAUAAGCCUCAACUGCAAGAGUCGUUGGUCGUUAAGGAAGCCACCAUCCAAUAUGAAUGCCGUGCGGGCAUGCGGCAUCAAAUCUUCCGCGUGGGGUACAAGAGACAUGUUCCUAUUUUCUGCCCCAUCUCUAUUUGGUUUCUCUGCGACGUACGAAGAGACGACGGUCAGAUUGUCAAUGUUGCUGAACGUAUUUCGAGAGAGAAAGCCGCUUCGGAGUUCAAUGAACACCUACAGAGCUGGAACGAAAAGGACCCAUUCAAGAAAAUGAAGCAAAUCCUGGACUCUACAACUGCCAGCUUGGACAUAACCAAGAUUGUCGCGGUAUCCCUAGGAUGUCUCACGUAUGCCCACAGUUCACGUGUUUCUCAGCAAAAGCAGCAUUGGAUGAUCAUCACUCUUCGAGACUGGCUUAAAGAGAAGAAUAACAGCACGCACUUUCCGUGUUUUGUUCAGGACCCAGUAUAUGAGGAUUCUGAUAAGGCUAUUCUAGCUCAGCAUGAAGUCGAGGUGAUCGAUGAUCCUUUGGCGUGGUUGGAGAUGGAUGACCAAUCCAUUGUCGUGUCGAUUGCAUCGAAUGUGCCCAGUAAAGAGAUUAUUGCGGAUGUCUCGCGACCGGCGGUGGUGAUUUGGUAUCGAGUCACGGAUAAGGAUUAUGACCAGAAAGGUCAGCCUAGCCUGACGGAUCCGUGCUCUCCUAGAGUGCGGAAGAUGAUGGAAGGGUAUGAUUGUCAUGACUUUGGAGCUGGCGAGUGCCUGGGGAGCGAUGAGAUUCUGAUGUAUGUGCGGCGGCCAACGACUUUAUGUCGGGACGAAGUAGAGAAGAGCGAAUAA